UAAUAAGCGAUAGAAUUAAAAUUAAACAUGGAACAAGAUCCUAGCAAUGGAAGAAGAACUAAUGGUGGUGGUGGAGAGAUAAAAUAUCGAGGCGUACGGAGGCGUCCGUGGGGUAAAUUUGCAGCGGAGAUACGUGACUCAGCACGACAAGGGGCACGUGUAUGGCUAGGGACAUUUAAUACUGCGGAAGAAGCAGCAAGAGCUUAUGAUAGGGCGGCUUAUUCAAUGAGGGGACAUUUAGCUAUACUUAAUUUUCCUGAGGAGUAUAAUUUACCUAGUAGCUCUUCACAUUUUUAUAGUGCUGGUUCAAUGGCUUCUUCAUCAUCAUCAUCGUCGUCAUCAAGGCAAGUUCUUGAAUUUGAAUACUUGGAUGAUAAGUUGUUGGAGGAACUUCUUGAUUGUGAUGAAGAGACAAACAAGAGGAAAUAAAGAUCAUUUCAAAUGUGGCGGACGCAUGCAAAAAGUUUUCACUAAGAAAGUUCAUCAUUUAUCAUAUAUACGUUUAAGAAAAAAGAAAUAUUUACAUCUUAUUUAUACAUUAUGGUUUUUAUAGAAAAAGUGUUUCGUUUGAACCCCUUCUGCCCCUCUAGCUCCGUCCACUAAUUUGAAUAAUGUAAUUGGUCUGAAUCCCCUUCCGCCCCUAUAGCUCCGUCCACUAAUUUAAAUAAUGUUCUAUAUCUAUUUAUCAUAUACUCUAUUUUAAUUUCACUA